UAGAGUGGGGCUGCUUCCCAUGAAUCCGAAUUAAUAGUGCCCACUGCCCAAAGCAAAUACGAAAUUGGGUGGAAAAUUUUUCUUUUUAUAAAUCCGGUACAUGAAAAACAGAAAUUAAAAAUAGAAGAAGAGGGAAUAGGGACUAACCAAACAGCAGGGGAAGUGCAGAGAAAACGCCUAAUAGAAUUGUUCCGUUGGUGUGGAGGAAGUUGAAAUGAGAAAUGGGAAUUUGGGGGUUUAGUGGACGGAGGACGAAUUGGCUUGGGCUCUGCAACAACAUCAUUGGUAGACAGUCAUUCAACCAAAUUGGUCGAAGACCAUUUUCAGACUCUUACACUCUCAAAACUGAUGAUUCUGUCCUGCCCGUGUUGAUAAUCGGUGCUGGUCCAGUUGGCCUCGUUCUUUCCAUACUUCUAACUAAACUAGGUGUAAAAUGUGCAAUCUUGGAGAAGAACGAGGUCUUUUCCACACAUCCUCAGGCACACUUCAUCAACAACCGGUCUAUGGAGGUAUUUCGCAAAUUGGAUGGUCUUGGAGAUGAAAUUCUAAGGUCUCAACCACCAGUAGAGUUUUGGAGAAAGUUUAUAUACUGUACUUCACUGACCGGACCUAUUUUAGGUGCUGUUGAUCAUAUGCAACCUCAAGAUUUUGAUCAGAUUGUGAGUCCUGUCUCUGUUGCACACUUCUCCCAGUACAAGCUCUCGAGAUUACUGCUUAAGCACCUUGAGAAACUUGGUUUCCGUAUGAUGAACUCUGAAAAGCGUGAGCAUGGCUCUAUUGGCGAGAGGGAGAUCUAUAUGGGGCAUGAGUGCAUUGCAAUCAAUGGUGCUGAGCGUGGUGUCACUGUAACAGCAUCUUUCUUUACUGAAGGGAAGUAUAUAACGAGAGAUAUUCAGUGUCAAUUCCUUGUUGGUACCGAUGGUGCAGGAAGUAGUGUCAGAAAGUCCUUAGGAAUUAACAUGAGAGGUGAAAAGGACUUACAAAAGCUUGUUAGUGUCCACUUCCUGAGCCAAGAGUUAGGGCAGUAUCUCAUCAAAGAAAGACCCGGCAUGCUGUUUUUCAUCUUUAAUAAAGAUGCUAUUGGUGUUCUUGUUGCGCAUGAUCUCAAGCAAGGGGAAUUUGUCCUGCAGGUACCAUUUUAUCCACCUCAACAGAAGCUUGAGGACUUCAGUUAUGAGAUGUGUAAGAGAUUGAUCUUCAAAUUGGUCGGCCUAGAGCUUGCAGACGUCAACGUGAUGGAUAUUAAGCCUUGGGUGAUGCAUGCUGAAGUGGCUGAGAAGUUUCUGUCUUGUAACAACAGGAUAAUUCUUGCUGGUGAUGCAGCUCAUCGAUUUCCUCCUGCUGGCGGGUUCGGGAUGAAUACUGGUAUUCAAGAUGCUCAUAAUCUUGCAUGGAAAUUAGCUUCUGUAAUCAAGGGGGUCUCACCAAUAUCAAUUCUUGACUCUUACGAACUAGAACGUAGUCAGAUAGCCCAAUUUAAUACAGCACUUAGCGUUGAAAACUUUAAAGCGGCAAUGAGAGUUCCUGCUGCACUUGGUCUUGAUCCAACUGUAGCAAAUGCAGUACAUCGAGCUCUUAAUGACACUGUUGGUUCCGUUCUGCCAUCUGCACUUCAAAGGACAAUAUUAGAUGGAAUAUUCAGUAUAGGUCGUGCACAAGUCUCAGAUUUUGUAUUGAAUGAAAAUAAUCCACUUGGAUCUGCAAGGUUAGCCAAAUUAAGACAGAUAUUUGAAGAAGGACAGAGCCUUCAGCUCCAGUUCCCUGCUGAGGAUCUUGGUUUCAGGUAUCGAAAAGGAGCAUUGGUGUCUGAAGAUGAUUGUGUGUUGAAUGCGCAUGAAGUACCUACAGGUCGAAGAAGGGAUUAUAUUCCCUGCUUGGAACCUGGAUCAAGGCUCCCUCAUAUGAAUGUAAAGCUGCUUUCUAACCCGUCAAGUAAGAAAAUAUUCUCUACUCUGGACCUUGUAUCUGGAGAUAAGGUUGAGUUCAUCCUUAUAAUAGCACCAUUAGAGGAGUCCUACUGUCUGGCUCGAGCUGCUCUAGAGGUAGCCAACAAUAUUAAAGUGCCUUUAAAGGUUUGUGUAAUGUGGCCAAACGGAAGUAUUAAUGGAACUGGAAGAAGUGAGGCUGCAUUGAUACCGUGGAAGAAUUUUGAAGACGUGGAAGUGAAGAGCUCAUCAGAUUCGCCAUCCUGGUGGGACAUCUGUCAGAUGACAGACAGAGGAGCCAUAUUAGUGAGACCUGAUGAGCAUGUUGCUUGGCGUAUGAAAUCCAGAAUUGCAGAUCCCAUCAUGAAGAUGAAAAACGUUUUCCACAUUGUUACAGGAGUUGAUUGCAUCUGAUGGCACAUUUUAUGAAACUUUUACCCCGUUAAUGUAUGGUACUCGCGGGAAUAAUUGAGGCGGCGCAAGUUUUCAAGCACCACCAAAAGAUGUACCUUUAUUUUGGUGAAAUCACCCUGCAUGGUUUUGGAAGUUUUGUUGUUGGCUCGUACAUAUGCAACUUUGCAGUCUGGUAUGAGCUCAACUACUCCCUCCAUUCACUUUUACUUUUCACAUUUCGCUUCACGAGAGACAAUUUGACUAAUCUUCGAAGCUAAAUUAAAUUUAGAUGUUUGAAAACGAUACGAAAAAUAUUAUAAGUUGCAAUUCUUCUCAUAUUGAUAUGAUGAAAAAUACAUCUUAAAAUGUUGGUUAAAGUUCAUGCAGUUUGACUCUCGAGAAGCGAAACGUGACAAGUAAAAGUGAAUGGAGGGAGUAUUUAAAAAUAAAUAUGAGGUGCUUCUUAUGAUGAAGCAGUAGAAAGGUGAUUGCAACAUCAAAUCCCAUAAUUCCUCAAAGUUUAAAGUUUCAUCUUACUCGUAGACAUUUUGUAUGCUUCUUACAUAAACUACAAUGUAUUUACUCCUACGCAAAACUUUGAUGAUUCUUCUCUUUUCUUUUUGUCCAAAGACAAUGCGAAAGAACCAAGAUAGUAACGACAACUUUUAUGCGGUUUUAUCAAUUCA